AUGCUAAAUUUUUUAACAAAUUUCAAUAAAAAUGGUAAAAUUUAUUCAUUUGCUAAAAUUGUCAGCAUUGGUAAUUUUGAAGUUACAGUUGCAUAUAAAAACUCAUCGAAAAUAAUUAAAACAGAACAAAUUUAUAACAAAAAAGAUUGGGUUAUAUUUUAUGGAUAUCUAGAAGAAAAUACUAUUUACCCAGAAUACAUCGAGAAUAUUUCUGGAAUUGAUGUUAAUAUUCUCGAAAGGUUUAUUAAUUUUUUAAGCAUUAAUUAA